AUGUCCUGGCAAGCUUUCGUCGAUACUAGCUUGGUCGGUACCGGCCACAUCACCAAGGGCGCCAUCAUCAGCAUAGCUGGCGACAGCGCUUGGGCUUCCUCUCCUGAGCUGACGAUUCAACCUGCCGAGAUGAAGGUCAUUGCCGAUAUCGUCGCUGGCAACCAGGCUGCCAUCGACAAGGCUUACGCUGAGGGCAUUCACGUUGCCGGAGUGCGCUACGUUUUGACCAAGACCGCGGACGACAUCUACGCACGAGCUGGCCGUGAUGGUGUUUGCAUUACCCCCUCCAAGCAGGCCAUCGUCGUCGGCAUUCACAAUGAAGCCGUGCAGGCCGGAAACGCCACCUCGGUCGUCGCCGCUCUCGCCGAUCACCUUAAGAAGACCGGAUAUUAA